UUAAGGAACAGUUCCACCGUAGAGGAUGCAUCUCUUGCUGCUUAUGGCUCUCUCUUAGCUUGUUAUCUAGCUAUCUAUCUAAUGCUAACAACGUGAAACAGUGUUGAGAAAACACGAUUCAUGUUCAGAACAAAUGUUCCAAGCUUGCCACAUAAUCGCAUUUUAUUGCCUGCCCCAAGACUGUAACUAACAAACGUUAUUCCCGCAUUUGAUAAUCUGAUCGAUUUUGUAGCUAGAUAGCAUAACGUUACUGGCUUGACAAAUGCACAGCAAGCAACAGUUGCCAUAUAGAGAGAUUUGUGAUGUAGCUACCAGUUGGUGGAAGUUGACAACAAUCAAACAAUGGAAGAUGAUUCUCCGACUCUGAAACCCAGGCGCAUCCAGAACCAGAAUGUGGUCCAUCGACUGGAGCGGCGGCGGAUCUUCUCUGGCCGGGCUGCAGCCCACUGGUACCGCGGGCGCUGCUUCCACCAGAACCUUUUCCCAAACUUCACUGUGGUAAAUGUAGAGAAGCCUCCUUGCUUCCUACGCAAGUUCUCCCCAGAUGGACGCUGCUUCAUAGCCUUCUCCUCUGACCAGACCUCCCUGGAGAUCUAUGAGUACCAGGGCUGCCAUGCAGCGGAGGAUCUGCUGCUGGGGCAGGAUGGGGAGACCCUGGCCAACGGCAAUGACCAGCGCUCCCUCAACAUCCGUGGUCGCCUCUUUGAGCGCUUCUUUUCCCUCCUGCACGUCACUAACGUGGCUUCCAAUGGAGAGCACCUGAACCGAGAGUGCAGCCUGUUCACUGAUGACUGUCGAUAUGUGAUCGUGGGCUCAGCGGUGUAUGUGCCAGAGGAGCCCUCUCCACACUUCUUUGAGGUGUACCGCAACAACGAGUCUGUGACUCCCAACCCCCGCUCUCCUCUGGAGGACUACUCACUACACGUCAUUGACCUGCACACUGGCCGGCUUUGUGACACCAGGUCCUUCAAGUGCGACAAGAUCAUCCUCUCGCACAACCAGGGACUCUACCUCUACCGUAACAUACUGGCUGUUCUUUCUGUUCAGCAGCAGACAAUCCAUGUCUUUCAGGUGACAUCAGAGGGGUUGUUUCUGGAUGUGCGGACCAUCGGUCGGUUCUGCUACGAGGACGACCUCCUGACUCUGUCUGCGGUGUACACUGAGGCCCAGGCCGAGGGCCAGCCAGGCUUCUCCCGCCUCUACAAGGAGAAGACCAUCAACUCCCUGAAGCACAGACUACUAGUCUACCUGUGGAGACGGGCUGAGAAGGACGGCAGCGCCACUGCCAAGCGACGCUUCUUCCAGUUCUUUGACCAGCUGAGACAGCUGAGGAUGUGGAAGAUGCAGCUGCUGGAUGAGCACCACCUCUUCAUUAAAUACACCAGCGAGGAUGUGGUCACCCUGCGAGUCACUGACCCCUCCCAGCCCUCAUUCUUUGUGGUGUACAACAUGGUGUCGACAGAGGUGUUGGCAGUCUUUGAGAACACUUCUGACAAACUUCUGGAGCUGUUUGAGAACUUUUGUGACCUGUUUCGGAACGCUUCGCUCCACAGCGAAGCUGUUCAGUUCCCCUGCUCAGCCUCCAGCAACAACUUUGCACGGCAGGUUCAGAGAAGGUUCAAAGACACCAUAGUAAACGCAAAGUACGGUGGUCACACUGAGGCGGUGAGGAGGCUGCUGGGACAGCUGCCCAUUAGUGCUCAGUCCUACAGCAGCAGCCCUUACCUGGAUCUUUCCCUCUUCAGCUACGACGACAAGUGGAUAUCUGUGAUGGAGCGACCCAAAACAUGUGGAGACCACCCCAUCCGAUUUUAUGCUCGGGACUCUGGAUUGCUGAAGUUCAAGAUCCAGGCAGGCCUGCUGGGCCGGCCCAUUAACCAUGCCGUCCGGCGGCUGGUGGCGUUCACAUUCCACCCCUUUGAGCCGUUCGCCAUCUCAGUACAGAGGACCAACGCUGAGUAUGUGGUGAAUUUCCACAUGCGGCACGUCUGUGUAUGAGAGGAAAGCCGUGGACUAGACCUGGAGAACUGUGUCGAGCAAACAGCGGCCGUUCUGCCUUUUCCUCUCCCCCCUAGUGUGAGGAACAAAAUAAGACUGGACUGUGGGAGGAUCCAGUUGAAGUUGAAAUGGGGAGCUUGGGGUGGGGGGUGGAUUCCUUACAAGACCAAAUAUGUUUUGGCUUGCUCUCAAAAUCUGCUUUUCCAUAUCACCACAUACCUUUUUGUUUUUGGUCAAAUUUUAUUGUUACACAUGUAUUUGUAUUUUGUACUUUAUUUCAAUAAGUGAUUUAAUCAUUGAUUGUGAUUAUUUAAGGUUAUUAUGAAUAUUUUGCUACAGUAAAAGCUAUUUUUCAUAAUAUGCUUUGCGGAGUGGACCUAGUUAUUAGCCUGAUUGCCCCCUUGUAGCUCAGGGGCCUCAUUUAUAUAACCGUUCUACACUAGAUACCUGCGUGCAGCAUUUCUGAAAAGAUUGCGCACGUACAAAAAUAUAUGCAUGUUUCCAGUUAGCUUUGGGACACAACAUUGUGACACACAGUCUUUAUAUUGGUUGGACUCCCUGAGUGGUGCAUCGUUCUGGUGGGUGGUGACAGAAAAUAACCCAAACACAAUUUAGCUGGCUUCACCAAAACAUUACGUUUCUUGUAAACAAAACCAUAUGUAUGGUCUCUAGAAACUCUACUUACCAGACGUAAAGUGAAAUGUGUCACUCGCUAUGAAAUAAACAUCUGAAUCCAACUUUAGUUCAAACCACACCAUAUUCCUGCUGUGUAAACAGUGUUAGAUUUUAUGGUAGGAAGUCUCGCAUGAAGGUCUAAUGGCAGCCCGCUGUCUAAUUUUGCAGGAAUAUGGUGCGGUUUGGACAAAAUUUGGAUUCUGACGUUUAUUUGACACAAUUCACUUUACGUCUGGUAAGUAAAGUUCCUAGAGCAGGGUUCUCCAACCUAUUCUAACAUGAGAGCUACUUAAAAAAAGGAACCUAUUUUUUUUAAACAUGUCAUGAGUUACUCUUUAAAAAAAAAAAAGCUUUCAAAUAAGCACAUUCUUCUCUCCCCUGCAACUCUUCCCAGGUCCUUAGUGUACAAGAGAAAGUAGUGCAUGUUUUUUGUCAAUAUGCCUGGUAAAAUAAAGGUUAAUUAACAACUCUGAGGGGGGCCCUAUAAAAUGAUAUUUUUUCCCUCAAAUUCUGUUUGAUAUUUUCCCAAGUUUUCUGAGUUUUUUUUAUUUUUAAAUGUACUCUCAAAAUUGCAAGUGUUUAUAGAGAAACAACGAAAUUUGAUUUUCUGAGUCAAUGUCAAUGAUUAAAUCACAUCUGAAGACCAUUUUUUUAAGGUCUGGAAGUAAUUCUACUUUAAUUGUGCAUCUGACCCUUUAAUUGCGCAUCUAGCAAGUGAGGAGUGUGCUGAUCUGGAAAUGGUUCUGUACUGCUGCUGCUCAUUUCAUGGCAAAGUUAGAAAAUAACAAAUAAUACAUACAAAUGAUAUACAUACUCGUUAUAUACUUCUGCCAGGUAAGCCUAUUCUGCGGAUAACAUUUAAUUGACGGUUUUGGGGAAAGUAUUAAUGUCAACCCACAAGACGGUCAUCACAUCAACUGGCUACACACAGAGUGAUAGACAAACGCGCGCACCACACAGACAGACUGGGCAAUAUUGCUGGAAAUUAAUUGGCAGAUAUUUUGUUAGGUUUAGCUUUUUAUGCCAAUAGUCGCUAACCAGGGGUGGGAUAAUGUCAAAGUUACGUUGAUUAGGUAGUAGCUGGGAGCUUGGGGUGUCUGAUAUUUGUUUAUGACAGUAUGCAGUGGAACACUGAAAAUUGCAUGUACUUUCACAUCUUGUGCCAACCACCAGAACGAUGGACAUUUCAGGGAGUCCAACCAAGACUCCCCCUGUUGUGUCCCAAAGUUCGUUUCCAGUUAUAAAUCAGACCCCUUCCUGAAACUGCGCGCGUGAACGAGCAUUAAAACGGCCUGAAAAACA